ACAACGUUUUAUUAGAUCCUUUGGCUUUCAGAGACAAGUCUGCUAUUACAGGAAAGCCCCAUUUAAGCGCCUACGAAUUUGUUGGAAUUCAUUCAGGUGGCGACCAAGACUAUGUAUGAAACGAAUAAGACCACUAAGACGUUAUUACAGAGAUUGCUGUCAAGGAUGGACGAAAGGAUUCUUUGGAAAAUGUAGCAAAAAAACAUGUAUUGUAUUACCGCAGUUUGUAUACAAGCAAAUGUGUCCCUUGGCUCGUCGUUCAAGCUUAAAACUUCAACAAAAAUUCUACAUUUUAACGAAACCUCCCAAUCCACCAAAACAGUUCCCUAAUCAAUCAACAAACCUUGCUGAAUGCGUGUCCUAUCCUUUGCUCAAUCAAUCGACUCCCAAAGUUGUCGCUCGCAGUCUUACGAAUGCUGAACUGUACGAGAGUAAAUGGUUGUUGAACUACGUCUCCAUGACGGUCCGGAACAGAAUACUCAGUGCAGUAAUUCGUUCAAAGAAUCCACAGUACAAAACAAACGAUGACUACAGCAAUCUGUUGAAAACGUUUCGAUCCAGUCAAACAAAAGGUGUCGUUCCACUGAGGCUCCCUGGUCUAAAGCCUACGACUUUCAAUCUUACUCGUUUGUCUCCUUACAUAAAAUAUCCUUCGCAAGAGCUGCCUUUUUAUGACAUCAUCCAGAACGAACAUUGGCAAGAUGAUCACGUGUUCACAAUGCAACGGUUGGCUGGCAUGAACCCUAUGGCCAUCAGGAAAAUGACAAAAGAAGAUUUCAAUGAGAACUACGUCAACAAGAAUUAUGAUUGGGAUGCAGCUAUGUCGAGAGCUUCCGGAGAAAUUACAACAGUCAAUGAGGAGAUUAGAAAUGGAAGGGCUUUCAUAAUCGACUACAAACUGUUAUUUGGUGUUUCCAAUAUGGACGAUUUUUAUGGUAAAAUGAAAGGAAGAACAAUGAGGAGGUCUACAAGUCCAUUUUGUGUGUUUGUUGUAGUAGAAGACUGUGGUGAUUUGAGGCCAGUUGCCAUUCAGACAGACCUUACUUCAGAUUCUCCAGUGUACUCUCCAAUUGAUGGAAAGAAAUGGCUUAAUGCAAAGAUGGAGCUCCAAAUUGCCGAUCUUACUUAUGAAGAACUUGUCGAGCACUUAGCAAAGACACAUCUUCUUAUGGAACCAAUGUGUGUCAUUAUGCAAAGGACUCUUUCCAAAUUCCAUCCUCUUUAUCAGAUAUUUCUCUGGCAUUGUCGUGGUCUUUUAGUCGUUAAUUCUGUGGGAUUACCUGCGCUCUUAGGAGAAAAUAACUUCUUACGAAAACUGUUUAGCAUUGGAUAUUCUGGUGGUCUUGAACUUAUCAAUCGAGCCUACAAUGAAAUUUCAUGGGAUACCACAGACUUUGUGACUAAUCUGAGGAAACGAGGUGUUCACAGUAAGGAUGAACUUCCUUACUUUCCAUACAGAGAUGAUGGUCUGCUUUUGUGGGAGGAAGUUGGUGAUUAUGCUGAAGAAUAUGUAAAUCUGUAUUACAAAAAUAGUAUAGAUGUGAUCAAAGACAAAGAGUUGCAAAAUUUUGCAAAUGAAUUAUCUGCAAAUGGUAAAGAAAAUGGUGGUAUAGGAAUGUUAAAGAAAUUUCCAGCAAGGAUUAGAUCAAAAAGAGCACUUAUCGACGUCGUAAAGAGAAUUGUAUUCAUUCCAGUGCAACACAGUGCUGUCAAUUAUGCAGUGUCUUACUACAGUGGUUUUCUACCAAAUCAACCAUCCAAGCUUUACAACGAUACUAGAGUGCCACCUGGAGACUUUGGAUUUAAUAGUUUGCCACAAUCUCAUGGUGCUGUGGAAGGAGUGUCUUUAUCGAUGUCUUUGGGUUCGCUACGAUUCGACGUUUUUCUUGACUAUGGCAACAAAUUGAAGGAUCAUCGUGCUAAGGCUGUCGUCAAUAAAUAUCACGCAAGAUUGACUGGACCAAUCAACAAUAUAAUUACGAGAAGAAAUAAAGCAAGAUUAGCAGUGGGAAAGUUCACCUAUCCUUAUUUGCUGCCUAAAUGGAUAACCAACAGUAUUCAUACAUAAGUAUUUUAUCUCACAUAAUGCACGAGCAUUCAUAAAGUUUGUCACAGACUCAGUUGUUGUUGUAGUUACAUUUUGUAGUCAAAUAUUGACUUUUUUCAACUCAUUUAUGAAUUGGUAAAAUGGGAUUCCUUAAACAACAGUUUAGUUCAAAAGAUGGUUAAGUUAGAAAGUCGAACAAAUUGUUUUUCAUGGCACACGAAGCAAGUAGAAAGUUGAUUUGAAUAUGAUGAAAAGAAAGAAAAUAUGAAGUUAAGAAUUAAGUGGUUCACAGACAGCUUUAAGCGAAGGUCUUUGUUAGGACUUAGAAGAUAGUGCAUCUUUAACCUUUCCUAUUUGUCAAACUCAUCGUUUCCAGUGAUCGUUUCUCCGUCCAAUUAAUAUGACUAGAUGAUUGAGUUGAGCUUCCGAUUCCGAAGCCACUUGAGAAUACAUAUUUUAAUACGACCACACAAUAUGUCGCAAUGGAAUCUAAUUCAGGGUUGCAUGGCUCCAAGAAUGAAGAAUCUUUGAUAAUUUUGAGCUUAUGAAAGACAAAAUUGCUACAUUAUUACGACUUGAAUACGUUAAAUUGUGAUUUUGAGCCUUACAAGUAAGAAAAUAGUGGCAAGGUAGAAGAAACUCCAUUAUAUUCCAAUGGUGUGAUUAAACAGGGAAACAUGUAUAUAAGCAAUAAGUGUAUCCACAUUCGAAAUUUGUACGAUUAAGUUCAUGAAUAUUGUGUUUCAUAGAAUGCAUCGAAAA